CUUUCCAUGCAAAAGUACAAAAAACGAGAACUGCUUACACAAAUGCGCCAAACAAAUAUGGUCAACGGUCGCGUCAUCACAUAACCUCAAACGGACUUUCUUCGAGAGAAACGCGUAAUAAUCUCGCACGCGUACCGAGCGUUCCCGUGACGUUCGUGAGCGAAAGUUCGAGCGGAAGUUGAUCGCCGGUCGUUAUCGUUAUCUCCGACUGUCGCUAACGGAAUAAGAGAUCGAGAAGUCGCCUGCAAUUAUAAACCGUCCAAUGCAUUCCAUGACCAUUAUUAACACAACGAACACGAGACGCGUUCGAUCACGCGGUCGAUUGACGCUCGACGUCGUCGCCGGUCGGCUUGGCAUCGUCGCAACGCUCGCUAUACCGCCGCAUUUUUGGCAACGAGCUGACGAAAGACGGCCGUCGGUCGAAAGAACGCGAGUUCGCGAGCGGAGUCGGCUCCGCUCACAGUCGUCGCUCGCGUCUCCCGCGACUCGAAAUCCCCCUUUUUAUUUCUCUCCCUCGUCUCUCGCAGUUUCUCGACACACAAUCACGGCCGUCUCUCACCGUGCGCACCCGACACAUGCCGAGUGUAUCGCGACGAGAAGGGGGACAGCACGGGGUACGAGCGGGAAACACGAGCGUCUCUUCCCGGAACCAGACGAGACGACGGUAUCUCAUCGUCCGUCGUUCGACGGGUGGGGAAAAUCGAUAGGAAAAGGCGAGUUCAAAGCGCCGAGAAGAAGAGAGAUAGAGUACAUACACACACACAUACAACGGCCCGGUCGGUCAUUAAACGCUCUCGGGGCGCGCUCUCGGAAGACCAGUGACAAUUAAUAUUCGCAUGUCCGGUCGCCAGCGGCGACAACUACGUCAGACUACGCGGCAGGCAACGUACGAUGCCGGAGUGAUGGUCGCGAGGGUGCCGUCGUGUCUCCGUGAGGAGGAAGAGGCGAUGAGGGCCGCGGGCUGCUCCUGCGUGUGAGAAAACGGGGUUACGUCGCACCGAGAGAGAGAGAAAGAGAGAGGGGGAGUGUGUGUGAAAGAAAAAGAGAGAGAGGGACGGAGAAGGAGAGAAAGCAGGUAGUGCGCGAGUAACAGCUGGUGUGCGAAGUCGCGAGAAAAUGCCGAGGGUGGCCGUCGGCUCUUGACGGGAGCGCGCGUGGUCGAGGAGAGGCGGCCCUCCCGCUGCGAGCGCGUCCGCCGACGAGAGGAACGAUGAUCGGCCGUCGGCGGCUGGUGCGCGUCCUGUGCGUGUUGCUGUGGCUGUCACUGCGGCCGGACUGCGCGCACGCCACACACAUCACCGGCACGUUCAACACGAGGGAGUUCUUCCGUUUCCUCAUCAAGUAUGGCUUCCAGAAGACCGACCGUCACCGGCAGAAGGACUCGUACGGCUACAUAUUCGGCAACGUGACCGCGCGCUCCGACUUCGACGCGCCGAUCACCCUGGCGAUCCUGGACCGUGGCCACUUCCUGGAGUACUACGGCAACCGCACGCUCGCCAACAAGAGCACCGCGUGCGCCUACAUGUUCGGCACACUGAAACAGAGUUCCUACGAUCCGCGCUGCAACGAGGAGGGCCAGGACUUCCUGAGACGAGUACCGUGUCCCCGUGGCAAGCUGUGUCCGGACGAAGACUCGGUGUGGAAUAUCGUGAAGGAGCACCAAUUCACGUACGUCAUACAGGACUUUUGGCAGCCACGAUUCUGGUACAUGAGCCUGGUCGCGUGCUACAGAAACGAGACCACCUGCCAGUGGGAGCAUUACGACAAGCACGACGAACUGGAGUAUGACAUCUGGCUGGUGAACGGCAACCCGAACACCAGUGGCCUAAACAGUCUGACUUAUCAAUUCUCGUACGACAGACAGAAUACUAUCGAGCUGUACUUAUUGUUUUUCAUGUGUUACAUCAUAUUGGUGCCGCUGCAGCUGUACGCAGUGAGAUUGCAAAAGCAUCCAGUAACGAGAUUGUUCACUGCUAGUUUAUUAUUAGAAUUCGUAGCGGUAUGCUUGAUCCUGAUACACGUGUUGAAAUUUGCACUAGAUGGAGUGGGCUAUGAGCAAUUAGAAGUUGCAGGUGAUAUUUUUGAUAUUCUAUCACGGACGUCGUUUAUGUUAUUAUUGCUCCUGCUUGCCAAAGGAUGGGCAGUGACGAGAAUGGAAUUAACGUGGAAGCCACUGGUGUUUGCCAUAUGGUUUUGUUACGGAGUCGUCCACAUCUUGCUCUACGUGUGGAACAUGACAGAAGUCGACAUUAUCGAGGACAUAGACGAGUAUCAAACUUGGCCGGGUUGGUUCAUAUUGUUAUUCCGAAGUGCAAUAAUGGUGUGGUUCCUAUGCGAGCUGCGGAACACCAUGACAUACGAGCAUAAUACUCAAAAGCUGCACUUUCUCCUACACUUCGGCGCGUCGUCGUUGGUUUGGUUCAUAUAUCUGCCCAUUAUAGCACUGAUAGCUCUUCAAGUGAGCGCACUGUGGAGGUUUAAGCUGUUGUUAGGUAUAACGUACUCGGUAGACUGUUUCGCUUAUUGCGUAAUGGCACACCUAUUAUGGCCCACCAGAAGCGAACAAUACUUUUUACUUGCGCAAGGCGCGGAUAACGGUGACGAGCUCGACGAAUUUAACGAAGCGCCGCAUGUAUUAAACAAUUAUGUAGAGCCGCCGGAACUCGUUAAGAUAAUCACUUAAUACCUGUCACGUGCACAUCGGGGAUGUGUGUGUGUGUGUGUUAUGUUGACACCGAUGAUGAACGGCGUUUUUCAUCGCGAACAAUGUGAUGAUACAUUUGCCAAAUGGUCAGUCUAAUAGCAUGAGUAAAUACUCGAACGUGUAUGUGCCGUGUGAACUGAACUACUGUCGUGCGCGUCUUAUAAUUAGAGGUACACAUACCUGCGUACGUCGGUCGUUUCGAACUCGACCGUGUGAUACCGAGAUUGACAAGUCGACACGGUCGGAAGAAGUAGCCACGUGAGUAUGAUAUGAGUAUUCGCCACGGAGAAACGGAGGUGUGCGAUUUUUCGAUCUGACGCGCGCGAGAUCCAACGGCGUGUCGGGUCCUCUUAUUGUUAGCGUUUUCGACCGAAUCAUUAGUAGUAAUUAACAUUCACUCCUCCGUGAAAGAACAACGUGCGCUAUCGUGCGUGUCUCUUUUUUCGGCAUCGGUGUGUAAUCUCACUGCUGAUAUUAAAAGCCAGUUUCUUAUGAUCACGCUAGAAUUACGAGUGUUAGUUUUGUAGAUAACGAUACUGCAACGCGUGCUCCGUAAUUUACUUUAGCGAGCAUCUGUCUCUUCUUUCGAACAGCAGUUUCUCUCUCGUACUCAUAUCAUAUUCAUAAGUCGUGAAUUUCUUAAAUACUAACUUUCGCCCGUGUUCCAGCCACUCUGCGAAUCUUUCGGUCGUAUAA